AUGAGCGCAAUAUUCGAAAAGCACUCGAAAGAGAUCCCUCCUCAAGCAGAGCCAGUCUCCGAUGGCGAUGUUACUCCGGUAGAGUCUGACAUUGUCGUGGACUGGGAUGCUAAGGAAGAAGCUCGUAUCAGACGCAAAGUCGACUUCAUCCUCCUCCCCAUCCUAGGCCUCGCCUUCUUUUCGCUACAAGUUGACCGCGGCAACAUCAGCGCCGCGUUAACAUCCACCAUCACAAAAGACCUGGGCAUAAACACAAACCAGAUCAAUGUCGGUACUCAAUUGUUAUCCGCCGGUAUAGUUAUUACGGAAAUACCCUCAAACAUUAUCUUGCAGCGGAUUGGUCCACAGAGAUGGUUGGCUGGGCAGUUGUUUGCCUGGGGGCUCGUUGCUACGUUCCAGGCUUUUGUCAAGACGUAUCCUGCGUAUCUUGCAACAAGACUUUUACUAGGCUUGUUUGAGGGCGGUUUUAUUCCUGGCGCUCUCUACUACAUAUCCACCUGGUACCGCAAGGACGAAAGCACUCUUCGGAUCAGUCUAUUCUUCUUUGGCCAGAUUUUCGCCGGCGCCACAACAAGUCUCAUAUCUGCCGGACUUCUCAAACUCUCCGGUAAAAAUGGGUUGGCUGGUUGGCAAUGGAUCUUCUUGGUCGAAGGACUAAUAACCAUCUUCGCGGCCAUACUUUUCGUACUCUUUGUCCCUCCCCGCGUCGGCGAUGGACGGCCUCUGGCAGCCCACUUCGGGCGAUGGAGUUACUUCACCGAGCGCGAAUCGCGAAUCAUCAAGGACCGCGUGGUACUCGAUGACCCGGUCAAGGCCCGCGGUCAUAUCCGGAUUAGUGGAAAAGACAUCCUCAAAACCGCUACAAACCCGAGAAUUAUCCAGCAUUUCAUGAUCACUCUGGUGUCAAUGUCCGGUUUCCAGGGUCUGGGACAGUACACUCCUACGUUAAUCAAGUCCCUAGGAUUCAGCGCCGUGCGGGCGAAUGCUCUGGCCUCGGUGCCGGUUUAUUGUUUUGGGGUUUUGCUGAUUAUUAUCUCGUAUUUAAGUGAUAAAUCCGGCCAUCGUGGCCCGGCCGUUCUGUUUGGUGCUACGUGGAAUUUAAUUGCUUACGUCUGUUUGCGGCAAACGUCUGUUCAUUCUUCAAAAUGGCACAGAUAUGGAGUUAUCGUCGUGGCGAAUCUGUUCUAUGCUGGAGUACAUGUCUUGAAUAUUGGUUGGCUUUCUGUGUAUUGCAAGACGCCCCAGGAGCGUAGCGUCGCUAUGGCAUUGAUCGUCAUGGCAGCAAACUGCGCAGGUAUCUCCGGAUCACAGAUCUUCCGAACCUCUGAUGCGCCUCUGUACCGACAUGCUCUAACGGCUAUCUGUGCCCUGGCGGGUGUUGCUUGGUUACAAGUCGUGGCGCUAUGUCUGCAAACAUGGUAUGCACAGGGCAAGGAAAAGAGAGCAUAUACAGAAAAGACGAGCGAGCCAGAAGGCAAGGUUAUUGCAUCGAGUCCUCCAUCGGAUGAUGCUUGA